GUUGUAGAGGAAGUAUAAAUAAAUUCAAAUUUCAUGAUUAAUGAAAUAAAUAGGAUAAUUUUAUUGUAGAUACUGUAGAAAUCCCAUAUUAUAAAUAUGAGUAAUGAAGAAGUUCCAGCAUUUAAUGCUGAAGAUUAUAAGAAAUAUGAUGAAUUUAUUGUAAGUGAGAUUGAAACUGGAUUUAUUCAUGUUCAAUUUAAUAAUCCAAAAAGUUUGAAUGCUUUCAGUGAUAGUACUUGGAGACAAUAUGAAGCAAUUUUAACUAAAAUUGAUGAACAUCCUGAUACAAAUAUUAUUCUUAUUUCAUCAUCAACUGCGAGAGCAUUUACAAGUGGACUUAAUUUAAAGACUGCAUUAGAAACAUUUUCUGGUUCAGGGGGAUUAACAAAAGAUCAACAAUAUAAUAAAUUACAUGCUCAUAUUAGAGAAUUUCAACAUGCUAUUGGUACUCCAGCUCGUAUUAAUACUCCAACUAUAUGUUUAUUAAAUGGAAUUGCUUAUGGUUUAGCUUUAGAUAUUGCUGGUGCUGUCACUAUAAGAGUCGCCACUAAAGAUGUAAAACUUUCAAUUAGAGAAAUUAAAAUUGGAAUUGCUGCCGAUAUUGGUUCAUUACAAAGAUUACCUGCACUUGUUAAUAAUAAAUCAUUAUUAUAUCAAUAUGCAUUAACAGGUGCAACAUUUAAUGCUAAUGAAGCAUUAAAACUUGGAUUAAUUAGUAAAAUUGUUCCUGAUUUUGAAGCAGGAAUUGAAUAUUGUAAAGGUUUAGGUGAAGAAAUUAAUGGUAAUCAACAAUGGGCUAUUAAAGGUACUAAGAAGCAUAUUCAAGAUAUUAUUGAUGGUACUAGUGUUUCUGAUGGUUUAAAAGAUAUUGCUGUUUUUAAUGCAAAUCAUAUUGAUACAAAAUUUGCAGAAGCAAUUGGUGGGGUCAAACUUUAAGAUGUUAAUAACUCCUGGUGAGAAUAUCAAUAUAUAGUCAAAGUAGCUUUAUUUAUUUGUUAUAUAAUAAUAUACAAAUGAUUUUAAAA